AUGCAAGCGCAGUUGCCGCCCUCCCAGCAAAACUUCCAUUACAACGGGCAGCCGCCUUCUUCUCAGUCACAAUACUCCGCCAACGGUAUACAGUACGACGCUCGGUCCCAGCCCCAGCAGCAGGACUAUACCAACGGCUACGCCCACGAGACAAACAUGAACCCAUACCAGCAAUAUGCUGGAGGCUACGGACAGCCGCCUCAGCAGCCACCCCAGAUGCCGCAGAUGCCGCCCGGCCAGCGCACAUUCAUGCCCAAUCAGAAUCAGCUUCCGCCGUUGACCCCAGGAGCGCCUCCGGGCGUGCAAAUGCCACCAGUGCGAGAAGACUCUAACGCGUACACCACUGGCUCUGCUAACCAUGCUCAGCCUAUGGCCUACACCGCUGCUCCGCCCCAGCCUAUGCCGCAACAGCCUCAGUCAUUACUACCGCCUACCCGACCAACCACCAACCAGGCACAGGAGAAGAAGCUGUCGUCGAGUAGUUCGCGAGAAGGCUAUCGAUAUUCUCUCGAAGUAGUACAGCAGCCCCAACGCGCCAGAAUGUGCGGUUUCGGCGAUAAAGACCGCCGGCCCAUCACGCCGCCUCCCUGCGUGCGACUGGUCAUUGUGGACGAUGCUACGGGACGAGAAAUCGACGUCAGCGACAUCGCAUCCGAUCCCUCCUUCUUUGUGCUCCAAGUCGACCUCUGGGCGGAGAAUGCUGACCGGGAAGCCAACGUCGUAAGAGCUUCCUCAAGCUCGCCCGCCGUCAGUAUCAGUAGCGCAACUACCACAUCAUAUCCGCCUCCUGCAGAGCACCGCCCGAUGCACGAACAACCAGUCAUGUACCUCCAUCCAGAAACAGGCCAACCUGUCUACGGAAUGCCGUAUGCCAUGCAGCUCAGUAGGCCGGGCAUGAUGGCCCCUCAGUACCCCGGUCUCUACUAUCCUCACCCCUCGGGACAGAUGACCUAUAUGCCACAGACGCAGGCUUCGAGCAGUGCUAUGUAUACGCGCAACCUGAUCGGGAGCCUGACCGUCAACGCGGCACGUCUUACCGAUCCAGCUGGGAAAGCUGGCUACUGGUUCGUCCUGCAGGAUCUGAGUGUUCGGACAGAAGGUCACUUUCGGUGCGUCAAUUGAAGUUCGUCCAUUGCUUGGAGUGUGUGCUUACGAUUUCUAGGCUACGGAUGAGUUUCAUCGAUAUCAGCAAUCACGGUGCUCCUGGUGUCAAUCGUGGCAAGGCGCCCGUUCUGGCUUGGACAUUCUCGGACAGAUUUCAGGUCUAUUCCGCGAAGAAAUUCCCUGGUGUCAUCGAGAGCACCCCGCUCAGCAAGUGUUUCGCGGGCCAGGGCAUCAAGAUCCCCAUCAGGAAGGACAACAAAAACGACGCCAACGACGACGACGAUGGUGAUUAG